GUCUUUAGUGCUGUAUAUGUUCUCUAAUUCUUUGGAGAGAGGGUUCAUUCAAGUCCAAGGAAGUCCUUGAAACAAGGAAAAGCAGUAACCUAACGAUACCACCUAGUAUACAUGUACAUCCAUCUCUAAGACCAGUUUGGUGAAGUUUGCUAUGUAUCUUUUCCCAUUUUGACUGCCUUCUAGACAUUGAAAAGGCCAUCCAAACCAGGUUACAUCAUUGUGGUUAAUCUACUGCAAAGUUGCAGCCCCUUUUCUAUCUUCUCAAAAAAAUUUGGAGAAGCAUUAGCUUUUUGGUCAGCCACAAUUUCAUAAUAUAAUUCACAAGUUGUUUGGGACAUUGGGUCACAACUAUCCUGAGUCUCUCUCUAGCCUUCCCGAACACUAGACCAAUCUCCAAGCCACCCGAAUGCCUGAACCCAAAAUUACUCCCUUCGCUGCCUCAGGCCCCGAGGUCAUCCCUGAGCUGCAGAUGGACCCCAGGCAUAGGAGAAGUGGUGCUAGAGGUGCUUGUAGAGAAUUAAGCUUUGGCCCAGGUGAUGAACUAGAGCUCAAUUCUGGUAGGGAUGAUGAUUUUGAUGAAGCUUAUGAAUCCAGGCAGAAGAAAAGAAAUAAAAAGGG